UAAAGAUCACUGAAAGGGAGAAGAGUUUGGGAAGCGUGGUGUGGCUGACCGUGGACUUCCAGAAUUCCUGAAGACUUGUGGGGACAGACUCCUCCAGAAGCUUUUCCUGAAGGCUCCGUGUCCCGGCUUAUGCUGGAAGAGACCACAGCACGUGAGCAGGACACAAAGCCUGGAGUGGGAUCCCUGCCUGCCCCUGCAUCCCUGGGGACGAAUUUUGCCAUCAGAGGAGGAAGGGAAAGGCGGUGAAUUCAGCCCUGCUAAAAAUGGGAGGCAGAAUCUGCCCAGCAGACCAGGAAGAGAAGCUCCAGACCUCCCCUGUGGUGCACCCCUGGGAAUGCUGCAGCCGGAGGGACCCAGCCCUCUGGCAGUGAGAGGUGUUGGGGCAACAUGGCACAGGGGUACUGGGGCACCAUGCCCUUCCAGAACCGUAAGACCCAGCUCCUGCUGGUCAACUCCCUGACGUUUGGCCUGGAAGUCUGCCUGGCUGCAGGGAUCACCUAUGUGCCUCCCCUGCUGCUGGAAGUGGGUGUGGAGGAGAAGUUCAUGACCAUGGUUUUGGGCAUAGGACCUGUCCUUGGCUUGGUUUUUGUCCCACUGAUUGGGUCUGCCAGCGACCACUGGCACAGCAGCUAUGGCCGGAGGCGACCUUUCAUCUGGGUGCUGUGCCUAGGGGUCCUCCUGAGCCUCUUUGUCAUCCCCCAUGCCAGCAGCCUGGCUGCCUUCUUUGCCCUCAACACUCGCCCACUGGAGAUUGUCUUCCUCAUCCUGGGCAUCGGAUUGCUGGAUUUUUGUGGCCAGGUCUGCUUCACCCCUCUGGAAGCUCUGCUCUCAGACCUCUUCCAGGAGCCAGACAACUGCCGCCAGGCUUUCUCUGUGUACGCCUUCAUGAUCAGCUUGGGGGGCUGCAUUGGUUACCUCCUCCCAGCCAUUGACUGGGGCAGCAGCUUUCUGGCCCUGUACCUGGGAGGCCAGGAGAAAUGCCUUUUCACCCUCCUCACUCUCAUCUUCCUCGGCUGCGUAUUGGCCACGCUCUUUGUGACAGAGGAAGCAGCCACCCAGGCAGAUGUUUUGGAUGGCCCGGAGCUGAAGGAUGCUCUCCCCAAGGGCUCACCUCCUGCCUGCUGUUUUUGCCAGCUUUCCAGGAGCUCGUGUCUGCUGCAGGCCAGGCACCUGAUGCAGGCUCUGAGGAACCUCUGCACGUUGGUGCCACGGCUCCACGGCCUCUACUGCCGCAUCCCCAAGGUCAUCCGGCGCCUGUUUGUGGCUGAGCUCUGCAGCUGGAUGGCUCUCAUGACUUUCAUGCUGUUCUACACUGAUUUUGUUGGGGAAGGACUCUACCAUGGUGUCCCCAGAGCCAAACCAGGCACGGAUGCCAGACGCCACUACGAUGAAGGUGUCCGGAUGGGGAGUUUGGGCCUUUUCCUCCAGUGUGUCACAUCCAUCUUCUUUUCGACAAUCAUGGACAGGAUGGUGAAGCAGUUUGGGACUCGGGCAGUCUACUUGGCCAGUGUGGUCUUCUUCCCCGUGGCUGCCUUCAUCAUGUGCCUUUCCCACAGUGUCACCAUUGUCACCAUCUCGGCCGCUCUGACGGGCUUCACCUUCUCUGCACUCCAGAUCCUGCCCUACACCCUGGCAUCCCUGUACCAUCAUGAGAAGCAGGUAUUUCUACAUAAAUUUAAGAGCAAAGAGGAGGAAGACGCCGCUCGCUUGGCCAAGAAAUCAUCCUUCUCCAAAGGCCUCCUUUCCAGCCAGAAGCUGCCUUACCAGAAUGGACAUGCUGGGAGCCUCUUCUCUUCUUCCUCUUCUUCCUCCUCCCCUCCAGCUGCCAGCUCAGCUCUGUGUGUCAGCUCCUCCUGUGAUGUCUCCCUCAUGAUGAUGGUGGGAGAAGGGGACUCGGGGCCUCCCGGCCGAGGAAUCUGCCUGGACCUGGCUAUUUUGGACAGUGCUUUCCUCCUCUCUCAGGUUGUCCCUUCCCUCUUCAUGGGCUCCAUCGUUCAGUUUACCCAGUCGGUGACUGCCUACAUGGUGUCAGCUGCUGGCUUUGGCCUGGUGGCCAUUUACUUUGCAACCAAAGUUGUCUUUGAUAAGAGUGACAUGGCCAAGUAUUCCGUGUGACAUGGGAGCACAUGCACCAGGGCAGCACAUGGGUGGUGAGAUGAGAUGAGAUGUGUCUGUGUGUGUCUGUGUGUUUGUGUCCAUGUGGCCACCCGUGGGAAGCCUCGUGUGGCACCUGCUGUGGUCCCCAUGCUGUUGCUGUACCCCUGGGGGGUAGUUUUGGGGCCUGGGGGGUUAGGGGAGAUGCAACAGGGUUAAUCUCAGGUGUAAAUUAGAGGCAGCUGGGCCAUCAGUGCUUUCCAAAGGUGCCUUUAUCAAAAGAAAGCACUGCCCAGCCAGCACCAAAGGGGGUUGUACAAGGGAGAGAAAGGAAAUGGACUUUUCCUUGAACAGGUCAUGUUUCUGUAUAAUUCUACCUAAACUGAGCAGGAGAGGCAGAGGGAGGAAGAAAUCAUUUGCUCUCUUGUUUUCCAGUUCCAGAGGUGUCUUCUUCUUCUUCCCCUGCUUGUUCUACUCAACCUCUUGAGCAAUAUUUCUGCAAAUGGGACACUGGCAGGAGAUGUCCUGGGGGAAAAAAAAGAGAUGGGUAGCUAAGGUUUGGCUGUGGAGCAGAGGGGGUGCACACACACUUCUGUCCUUCCUUGCCUCUGCUCCCACAUGGAGAAAGCAUUCAGGAGAAAAAUUACUAUGUCUUGUUUGGGAAAAACAAGUAACAUCUCACUAGGACCAAUUCCAAAAGGUGGCUUAUCUUUUACCUAUGUACCAAGCUGCAUCAGGUGGAAAUGACUUCUUUUUUGGUGGGUUUUUUUUUUCCUUCUUAAUUGAAUGAUUGUUUUUAGAUUUCCUCACACAGUUCUCAGUAGCUCUGACCUCUCACUCCUCAGGGCUCAGAACUGCUGCCAGUUCUCUUCCCUACCAGGUCUAGACUGUUGUGCUUUUUCCAGCUCUGCCCCCUAAAAGCUGCCAUACACCAAGCAGCACUCAAGGGCCUGGCCCAGAGUCAACACUCAGACUUCAAAAUGCCCCAGACUCUUCCUGCCAUGCAUGGAGGGAAGCACAAACUGGGUCUUUGGAGGCUCCAGAGUCCUUCACUUGGGCUGGUCUAAACCAAGUGUUUGUGAGUAAUUUUCUGCAGAGGUGUGUGGGCAGGGAGAUGCAGUGCUGGGGUUCUGCUAAAGGGCAAAACGUUGCUAUUUCUGCAAGGUCUUGUCAGACAAUUUCUUGGCAUGGAACAAGGUUACUCCCCUGCUGUCUGCAGAUGGGUCCUGAGAGAGCUGCUUCUCUGGUUUUGAAGCAUUUCUUUCCCGUAAUGGGUGACUGUUGUUGGUUUAGUUCUUCUCCAAUUAUAUGCCUACCAGCCUCCCUUUCCCACAACAAGGUUUGUGUGCUGAAAUGCAGCUGUUUUGGGGAUGGAUUUGGCAGCUGCUUAACCACCUACAUAAACAGCUUUUCUGCUCUGCUUCCUCCCCAUCUCUGUCUGCUCCAGGCUGCAGCAGGAAGUCUGAGAAAAACUGUUCCUGCCAAAGGUGGGGUGUUUCUCAGAUGAAUGCUCCUAAGGAUCAGUAGCCUCUGACCCAAGAUUUUUCAGACAGGUCCCUACUUGAAUGCUGAAGAAUCUUUUUAUUUAUUUUUUUUCUAGUGGAAAAUGUGGGAACCUUCACCCAGGGAGGCUGCUGGGAUGCAAAGUGCUUUGGGUAACUGAGCCAUUUGUUUAAGUGCCUCGAGAGGACUUCCACACCAAACUUCAGGUGUAGGGGUUUGAUGAUAAAGGCCUUGAAUGCUUCAUUACAGACGUCCAAGUGAUCCUUGAAAAGGCAUCAAGGGGGAGGCAGCCUUGUUUUAUAAUGUCCUUUGGUUUGGAAUGGGAAAGGACAAGAUGCUGCAGUUCCUGAUCCAUAACUUGUAGGUGUUUCCCAAGAGGAAAAAGGCUUAAUCCUGCUGCUCCACAUCUGUGCUGGCUUUGGUGCAGCACUGUCCUGCUGGAUGUGUGCAGGUUGGGGCUCGGGGUCCUGGCUGAGCUUCAGGGCUUGUUUUGGGCAGGAUUGGUCUCAGAUCAAGCAAGUCCUUGGGCCCCUCUCUUCUCCCAUCUGUUUUGUUGCUCUGGGUCAUGGACUUGGCAUCCAAAUCUCAGCAAGCCUCUUGCUGGCUCUGAUCUCACAGCUCCUAGGAGAGGGCAAGCUGAGUUUGUCCAGUUGUCUCAUAAUUCAGAUAUGCUUCCAGGGAGGUGCCUGCAUUUACUUCAUUUAUGUUCAGAAUCUGAGCCACCGAGCCUGUGACUGCAGCAGCUGCCCCUGCUCUUUGCUGCUGCAUCCCAGGCAGGUGCCCAUCACCUCACCUCGUGCCUGGGCUGAGGACAGGGCUCAUUUCUGCUAGAAGGGACAGGGGUAUGUCCUGGUGCAGGUGAGCACAUCCCUUCCUGCUGUUACAGACACAAAUCUGUGUCAGAACCCCCCUGGGGUUUGCUCAUCCCCUGAAGGUCUCAGCGAGGUGACCAGGAGCUUUUCUGUCCCAGGUCAUAGGUGCCACCUCUGCUUUCUUCUCACAGGUGAAUCACACAGUGCCUCUCCUCCUCUUCUGUGUGAUGGGUUUGUGUUUUUUGUGGGUUUUUUUUGGAGCAUUGAGGUGGGCAGAAGGGAGAAUGUGUUUUUAACGUGAGACUCUCUCAAGUCUCCUGGAGUGAGGAAGGAUGAGUGGAUGUGCAGUUGUCUCUUGAGAGAUCCCCUGCUGUCUGCGAGCUGUUCGUGCUUUAUUUAUUCCGUAGAGUAAAAUAUUUUGUAUACAACGCGAGAGGAAGGCUAAUUAUAAAUUUAUAUUG